UAAGUAAAGACGUCAAGACAUUCGUGCAUAUAUUUGUCGUAAUUGAAGGUGAAAUCACCCCAGCAUUUGCACACAAACCACCGCAUGCAUUUAACUCCGCGACAAGGGGAAAAGUAUUAACUUGAAGUGUCAACUAAGAUGUUUUUUUAUUCUUGUGUAUUUUUUCAGGUUUCAAUUCAUUUUCCUGAAGACUCAACCGUCGAGGACUUCGACCAACUACUCAAAUUGAUGUUUUUUUCUUCAAGUAAUGGACAUCUGAUUACUAUUUUUGCCUCCAGUUCUUGAAGGAAAAGGCUAACUUUUAGCUACCAAAGCCCCACCCAUUAGAAAUUUUGAAGCAGAAAUGGACGGGGUGCCGGUGGACCCCAAAGAAAUUUUAAAGGGAGUGGAGCUUCUUCUAGGGAAGGAUGGAGGAUUAUGUAGCCUGGAGGGAGUCCCGAAGAUGUUCAGCCUAAUGAAAGCCUCUUCCAAGAUGGUCAGUCGGUGUAUGUACUUGAACAUCCUACUUCAUACGAAAUCUCAUGAUGUUCUCAACAGAUUCAUCCGAGUUGGAGGCUACAGGCUACUAAACUCGUGGCUCACCUAUUCCAAAACCACCAACAAUUCUCCUUUGCUGCAGCUUAUUCUGCUCACUCUGCAGAAGCUGCCCCUCAAAGUGGACCAUUUAAAACAAAACAACACAGCAAAGUUGGUAAAGCAACUGUGUAAAGCGGCAGAGACUGAAGAAUUAAGAAAGUUGGCGUCAGUGCUUGUCGAUGGCUGGAUGGCAACCAUUCGAUCCCAGAGCGUUUCGAGCAAUUCCAGCAGUCCUGCCGAUAAGAGGAAGAAGAAAGAAGACAGCAAGGUCCCAAACAAAGAGGUAAAGGAAAAAAGUGGGGAGGAAGAGAAGAAAAAAGACAAGGCUAAAGCUCACGCGCCUAGUCAUGCCAAAAUCCGUUCCAUAGGUCUGGAGAUGGACACGCCAAACCCUGCCCCGGCUAAGAAGGGCCCUGCAGCUCCUCAGCUCGGUGACAAGUACAACAUCAAGCCUCCGGUCCUGAAGAGGUUAAGCUCCGGACCAUCUGAUAAUCCUCCACUGGAGAAGAAAUACAAGCCUCUAAACACGCCUUCCAACGCAGCCAAAGAAAUUAAAGUCAAGAUCAUUCCAGCGCAACCCAUGGAGUGCACAGGAUUCCUAGACGCCCUCAACUCUGCUCCAGUGCCUGGUAUCAAGAUCAAGAAAAAGAAAGCUGCCGCCGCCGCCGCCUCAUCGCCUUCUAACGCCAAGGUCGUGUCCCCGACCGCAAACAAGACAAAUCCGUUUGACAGUAAACCAUCGACGUAUUCCUCAUCUUCCACCAAACCGACGUCUCCGGAGACGCUUUCGUCUAAUAGUACUUUUGAAAACCAGGAGACGGAGCGGCCCGGGACGCCCGUGCCUACGGAAGACCCCGACUCCGCGGACACUGGAGACAAACCGAACGCUCUGUCGGAACCACGCGGAGAAGAAGACUUGACCAAGAAAGGCAAGAAAAAGAAAACGGUUCACUGGGCUCAAGAAGAUAACCUCAAGCAUUACUUUUAUUUCGACCUGGACGAGACGGAGAGAGUCAACGUGAAUAAGAUUAAGGACUUUGGCGAGGCGGCCAAACGGGAGUUGAUGAUGGACAGGCAGACUUUUGAGAUGGCCCGACGGCUUUCCCACGACACCAUGGAGGAGAGGGUGCCCUGGACGCCUCCGAGGCCGCUGACGUUGCCCGGCAGUCUGGUCGUUCCCGGCUCCGGCAGCAGAGAAAAGCUCACCCAGCGGGAUCGGGAGAUGGGCAUCUUACAGGAGAUCUUUCUCAGUAAAGAGAGUGUGCCUGACAGUCCACACGAACCAGACCCGGAGCCUUACGAACCCAUGCCUCCUCGACUCAUACCCCUGGAUGAGGAUUCGUCAGUGCCAGACGAUAGCUACUCGGAGCCCAUGGACACGUCUCAGCAAUUUCCCGCGAUGGUCCAGAACGAGGGCUCCAAGCUGCCCCCCGUCCUUGCCAACUUGAUGGGCAACCUCAACAACAACUCCCGUAGCCCCCAGAACACAAACACUGUCAACAAUCCCGGCACGUCGGCCGUCAACGUACAGGAGCUGCUUUCUUCUAUCAUGGGGGCUUCUGGCAGCCAGUCUACCGAAGACCUCAUCAAGCAACCCGACUUCUCGGAUAAGCUUAAACAACUUCUGGGUUCCUUGCAACAGACGCAAAACCAGAACCAAGGACCUACACCAGUUAACCCAAAUUUGUUGGGUCACGGUCCUAUGAACAACAUGAACAACUUGCACAUGCAAAUGCCCAUGAACAGCGGCGGCGGCGGCUUCCCGCCCAACAUGCCUCCGGGCGGUCCCCGCUUCAACCACCCUCCGCCGCCCCACAAUCACGGGCCGCCUUUCAACGCCGGCGGAGGCCCGCGAAUGAUGGGACCGCCGCCGGGACAGGGCCGCGGAGAUAACGGCAACUACUGGGGAGAAGACUCUAUGAGGGGCGGGCCGCACCGAGGGGGGCACUUCCACCGGGGAGGAAGAGGCCGAGGGGGAGAGCCCGGCUUCAGGGGCCGAGGGCGAGCGGGGCCGAGAGGCGGACACAAUAUGAAUGACAUGUCCAUGCGGCCCGUUUGUCGACACUUUAUGAUGAAGGGAAACUGCAGGUACGAGAGCAACUGCGCUUUUUAUCACCCCGGCGUCAACGGACCGCCGUUUCCCCCCAACCACCCCGCAAACAACCAGCACGGACACUGAGUCGACUUGACCCUCCGCCACGUUCUGCAUUUCAUCCAACCACUAUAGAGUCACUUUAAGAGCGAAGGACUCCCAAUUCUGCGCCCAACGGGACCGUUUUUAAUAGACUGAAGCUUUGUUUGCCACUACGUCUGCCUGUCGCUGUCUACUUAAGCAAAACGCUGGACCUGAACGGAAGUCGACAGAAGUGACUUCUGUUGCGUUGUUUUGUUUUUUCUUCUCGCGUGUUUCUUUGGCAGGAGAAGUUCAAUGAAAUGACACCGCGAAUAACUCCCGAUGAUCAAAAAUGAUGAUCUUUUUGUUGUUGUUGUUGCCCGCUGCAGCUGUUAAAUGAAUGUGCUUAAAGAUCAUGAGCUUUUUUCUAGUUUUGUGGGCCGGCAGCUCCUAUUUUUGCAGAAAUAACACCAAAUGACCUCUGAACUCUCCAUCUGGCCCCUUACAGAGGGGUCGAACGUCAGUCAGUAUUAUGAUGAAGCAUUCUGCAGGUCAGCUAUACAGUGUAUGUUUUCUGUGAAAACAUUGACUUUUGUCUCUUGUGGGACUUUUUUUUUUUCCUCGUGUAUUAUUUUGAUAUCGAUGCCCUUUUUUUUAAAAUGACUGAUUCAUUGAAAUGUUUGUACUUUAUGGUUGUGUACAUACAUGUUCAUGCGGUCAUAUUUUUCAGUUGAAUUAUUUUCUACACUGUAUUAAAUGAAUGUUAAAAUAUAAUACUUUUAAUGAUUUAUUUGGAAUUGUUGAUGGGAAAACAAAGGUCACGCCCUGUCAGAAUAAAAGAUGAAUAUUUAAAAAUGAAAAAAAAAACAUGACUGCGGAAAUGAUUUGGUGGAAAGUUAUAUAUUAUACUUGUACAAUAUUACAAGUAUUAUAGGUAAAAUUAAAAAAAAAAAAAAAUAAGGAUACUGGUUUUAGAAAAGCUUUGUUUAUCAA